CCUCUCCUCCCCUCAGUCAGCAUCCCAUACCCGAAGACCCUUAUGCAAAGCACAUGCCCCCCAGCCCCUCAACCUGGCACGCCCUAAUCCGCACCCACCACAUAACAAGUCGUGCCAAAGUCUCUAAACUCAAGCAAGCCGCGACGAAGCAUGGCGUCUUCGUCUUACUGCGCAGCGGCGGGGCGCCGGGCAUGAUGUAUGUUGCAGGGGAAGCGAGGGGCAAUGUUGAGGAGUGGGUGGGCGUUGUGCAGAGAUUACGGUAUAAAGACUAUCAGCUCGUUGCAAAGCCUAUAGAGGUCGAAGCCACUGGCAAUGCAACGAAAGGCCUCUUUGAAACGGACUCGGUGGCGGACUUCGGUCGGCAGAUGGAGGAGCGCGGUGUGCUAGCCUGGUGGCGGAAGGCGAUGGGCUACACAAGCUGAUGAAGACGAAUAUGAGACCGAUCAUGGUUGACUCAUGAAGAGUGCAAAUGGGAUGCCGCCUAUGAUAUUGGAAAAGAUGUAA